GAAAAGGAACUGGUCAAAACGGCAACAAACACAGGACUGGGGCACGAGAAAAAAUUCUGUCAAUCCCCCCUCCGUGCCGCCUGCCAAAAUCCUGUUUCUGCCCCUGUAUCCUGUAAUAAUAAACUUUGAAACAAUAUAGUUCACUCUUUUUUGCAAAUGUAUACAUUAUGGCACUAGUGGGCUUUCGUACCAAGCCAAUUCUGCAGGGCAACUAAAUUUGGAAAGGCAAUUCUUGACGUUUUUUCAACGCCGGGUUCCUAUGUUGAACAAACUGUUACCGAAUAGGCCUAUCAGCUGUGGAACAAGAGAACUGCCCUGCAUGAUGGCUACCACGCAAAGCCUCCAUUACUGCAAUGUCGCCCCCGCGCGGCUGCCAAUCAAUACAUUCUGUUGGCACGCCUACCACCUGUGCUUUUCAAAUAUCUGUGGAGUAGUUACGUUGCACGUCAACUGGAUCAAGGAUUUGGCCGAAGGGGUUGAGCUCUCCGUAGGGAAGGGAACAAUGCGUUGGGCACAUCCGUCGACAUUCGUGGUGCUUGCCGUGGGAUUUUGCAUGGGCCUUGUGCCGUCCACUUUGCUUUGGGGUUCGGUCAACUUUCUCUACGGCCGGGGGACAAGGAGUGGUACAGUGUCACAACACUCUCUUCAACAUGCAGUCGAGCAAGCUUUACCGCUGAGAAGCUCUCAGUCUUCGGGCAGGGCUAAGGACGACCCGGAGUCGGGCCAAUCCUCGUCACGGUUACCUAAAAAAGUCCUGCUUGACUGCGGGGCUAACGUGGCAUCCACCGUGCUGUUGUUCAGGGAGACCUACCCCGGGGGACGGGAUUUCACCAUUCACUCGUUCGAAAUUGACGACCGACUGUCGCCGUACUUCAGCCCAUACGACAAACACCAUCUACACUGUCCUGUCGGUGUAGCGGGCAAAGAUGGUAACAUGACGGCCUUCUCAGAGACGGUUUGGGGACCGCACAAAGGUUUGAACCACGGACGAGACAUGCAGUGGGGAGGAGGAUCCCUCUUCGUAUCCGAAAAGGAGCUAAAAGAUGAAGCAAAAGGUGGUGUUCGGAAGCUGUCCUACCGACAAACAAUUCCCGUGGUAGACCUGUCAAAAUGGAUCACGAACACCUUUUCGGUAAAUGAUUACAUUAUCCUGAAACUGGACGUUGAGGGCGCUGAGUUCGACAUCCUACGGAAGAUGAUAGACGACAACGCAUUCGCCUACAUCGACAAAUAUUACGGUGAAUACCAUGAUGGCCAACCAACGGGCUGGUCAAAGGAAGGCAAAAAUAAGAUUCGCUCUGACAUCAGGAAGGCAGGCUUCACCAUGAUCAAAUGGGUUGGGGAGACUAGAACAUACGAUGACAUAGAGAAAGUGAACCCCGUCAAGGUUCCACCAGACACCCCUGGAAGACCGGGCGAGAUCUACUCAAAUUGUCAGAGCGGUUCAGUAGCCGUCACUGUUGCCGUUGGCAUGAACUUCAAGCGAGCGCACCGGGUAGUCGCCACUCUAUUGGCCCACAAACCCUUAGUUCCCACCACGCUGUUUGUCUACGGGGACUUCGUGCAGGUCUUCCCUGAGACGGUCAAGUCCUGGGCCAAGCACUUCAACAUCGGCAUACGGGAGGACGGCCACAAUCCCCCGGGACACUUGGAGCUGAUGCCCGGUCAUUGGGUCCGUAUGGGUCUGAUCAGCAGCAUCUUGCGUCUGGAGGAGAUUGGGAUCACUGCUUCUUACUAUCUGCCGACGGUAGAGAAAGACAUUGGUGUCACAAUCAAAACGAUGGCAGAAGCUAGGGGCCUGAGGAUAAUUAGACCUGCUGUAGAAUUUCCUGCCCCAAUCGGCUCAGCUGCAGAACUCACAUGGGAUAACUACUACAAAUACCGCGACGUGGAACGCGUUCCCAAGGCGCUACGGCGGAUCCACGACGCGCUCGUCAAAAACAGCGGUGGUGUCUUGACCCUGGACACGGACCUGCCGGACACUUACAUGAAUUCUGUGUUCAUGAUGGACUAUCUGGUGGAAACGUCGGGCUUCAAGUUGGUGGAUUUGAACGAAUGCAUCGUCAACUCACGAUAGUCCGCGUUAAGGUCUUUAUUUAUUUAUUUUUUUAUUUUUUCAUUCCUGUGAGAGGCCUUUGGUCGUAGCAUAAUUAUUUCCACAAAUUAUUUCUACUCAAGUGACAGGUUUUUGGAUUUCGUAGUUAACCUCUCACCGGAGAAUUAUGUCAUAAAAGGCCUCUGCUACUUCCAGUGGCAAAAAACAACGCGACGUCACGCCAAGCCAAGUUCUGGUGCAGAGCAAUUAGUAUUCUCUUAAUUAAAAUGUGCCUCAGAGGAAGAAUGGGUUAUUUUUUGUUGUUUUUAAUUUUAAAAUUGACAAAAAUCUUUAACAACCGAGUUGUGAUGUCCGUAGCUCUGUCGAGAACUUAUACCACAUUAUGGGUCUUGAACCUGCUUGCCAACUUGUUAAGUGAAGAUUUGAAGCGCGCCCUCUCGUGGCACAAUCCUUAAUUCGCCAUUGGACGCGUGAAACUGGUUCUUAGCUAAGAGACGUCUAGAUCAUGUGAUCAUCAAUAGGGUAUUAUAAUAUUGAAAAUUCUGCCCAAUAACGAGUUAGGACUCCUUAGCGGCAGUCUAGGCUUUUCCAAAAAAAGUCACAUCUUUAAAAUAAUCCUCUUUUAUCGUUUUCUUCACUAAAAAGUGUACUAUAGCUGCUUUCUUUAAAGAAAAUAUGAUUUUAAAUGAAAUUUUGUUCGGUUUAAUUUAGGUGUGUGGAUUUCAGCCAAAUUGUCUGCAAUAUUGUGUUUAUUUUUUGUACGUUUUAACCCCACACGAUCCGGGUUAUUGUGGACCAUCUCAUGGGAUGGGAUGGAUUUCACCUGCUUAGAACUUGGUUGUCCCAAGCCCGAUUUUUUUUAAAAACCUACGCGUGCAGACCCUUCUAAUAUUAGUACAAAUUUCGAGUUUAAACUUCAUCUGACUAAAAAUUCUGUUGUAACGGUCAUUUUUUAAGUUCAAGAUGGCACGCAUGCCUGCCCGCUUGCAUUGAGCAAGGCAUAACCGACGGGAAAAGUAUACAUCUGGGGGGAGGGCUGCGCGAGAACUGCAAGUCAGAUUUUCAUAAAUUAGUGUCAAAAUGACUGCAAAGAGUUACUGAAAAACUUCUAAAAUCUCACCUUGUGAAAAAGGGUGCACCACGGAGACAGAGCUACAGUGAGUGCAGCCCAGCUUUAGCGGAUCCUGGAACCAAAAUGGCUGUCCAUUAUUUGUGUGAGAUAGCAUGCAGCUGUUGGGUGCUAAAUGUCCAUGUGCACUGCCGAACAAUCCACCAUUUUAGUUCCAACAGUUGAGACACUCAUGUAACAAAUCUCUCCAUUUAGAGCUCUGUGUCGACAUAUUGGAAAAAUGUCAAGAGUAAACGGAAUCCACCCAGCUCUUUUAGGUUUUAAGUUUGAACUUUGAAGUACUAAGUGUGAAUUGAAAUUUUUCUUAUUUUCAAAACUCUAGUUGGUUUAACAGCUUAAAAAUGUACUCAAAGUCAUGUUUUUUGUGGGUUUGUUCACUGUGAUAGAUUUUAUUUAUUUACGUUUUUGAAUGUGGAGGUUCCACCGGCAUCCAUUUGAGGCUAUUUAUUACCAUCCCCUAAAUCGUUCAAAAGAACUAAAAAUCCAGCUUAUUGUUUCUACUUUCUCAUUUGGAUGUUUAUCUGGUGUAUAAUGUUCGUUACAUAUUUCCACUGAAACAGUGCCUUUAUAUGUAAAUUUUUGCAAAGUCACAUGACUCUAAAAUAAGUUCCGCUGCAGCACGCUAACUGCCUUCAGUGAAAUCACCGCAGCACAUACCUCCCGCAAAGUACCCAGAGGUGUGAUUCCCGUUUAUUUUCUUUUGCUUCUAUGUGUAAGUUCUUCAAUUUGUUUCUUUAACAUUUAGGUCAAUCCAUUCCAGCCAUUGAUUCUGCUUUUAAUUUCCAUGUUCCUGUGCAUGUGGCCAUUUCCAUUUCUGGAAGUCGUCUGAAUUUGAAAAUCGAUCCACAUGUACAUAAAAUUGUCCAAGAUGUUUUUGAGUUUAACGCCUUGGACCCUUUCCAGGAGAAAGGCCAUCUGUGAGAGACCUCCAGAGAGCUAGCUCUGUCCAGGACAAGAUGUGCAGGAACUUCAAGGUCGCAUAUAGCCUUGUUACAUUAAUGUUUAACCAUUACCAAGAUCCAAAUUGCUAUACUAUUUUUAAUUUUCUUUUAAUAUUCAGUUUGAUCUCUGAAAUAAAUAAUGAACCCNGCCAAAAUUGUUUUGCAGUGAGCCAAGUCGGCCAGUUGUUUCACAUUAAGUUGCUAAGUUGAGUGGUUGAUAUUCCUUCGAACGCAACAUAAGCUGCACG